AUGAUAACUUCCGAGCUCGCCCUUACUCUUCAUGCAGCAGUCGAGCUUAAGAUGAAGCCACAAGAUUUAAUGAAGGCACUGAAGCUAAUAGAAACAGAAUUUGAAAACGUAAAUUUCGCAGAUCAACCUGUUGAUAUCAUUGCCGCGUACAUACAUCAUAUUUACUUAUCAGCACCAGGCCCCAUGAGAUCUACCUUGAUGAAAAUUAUUUGCGAAUUAGAAUUAAGUUCACCUAACUCCAUUGUAGAGCAAUAUGAUCUUGAUAAGUUAAUAGCUUUAUCGAUUGACCAAAGACCAGGUGAAUCAAUGCAAUCAAAGGUUGAUGAAGAAAAGGUUGCUGCUUUCCGCUGCGUUUCUAUUCUCAUGCGCUUUAGAAAAUACUUACCUACAUCAAUUCUUCGUGCGAUGAUUUCUCUGUACAACGUACCAAAUCACAAUUACAAGGGACUCAUCCUCGCUUACCUUCUUGAAGCUGUUUUAACUAACUCCAAGAUUGAAGAAAUUCCCGAAAUAUCAUCAAUUUUAGUUAGCGCAUUUCACGAAACUGGCAAUAAAGGAGUUGGAGCUCUCAUUGCUUACGCUUCUGAGCACAAACUUCCUUUCGUAUUAAUGGAUCGCUUUGCUUCCAGAUUAAUUAACCCAAUUUCACAAUACAUUCCAACGAAACCAGAAGAUCUCGAAGUAUGCACGAAGGCCAUUUCCGCGCUGCUCAGAACUUGGCCUACAAUGCUUCUCUUCGGCUUCCAAAAUAAUUUAUUGAAGGAUAUCGUUUACUGCUUAGGUCACCAGACAGAAGCAGUUAUCCUCAUACUCAAAGACAUCUUAAAUCUUACAGAUCAGCGCUGCAUUACCGAUGGAUUUACAGGAUUAGUUUUGUAUGCGUUAAUGAAGUGCGGAAUGAUCGAAAGACUUAACGAGCUUGCUUCUACAGUUCCAGAGGCUGCAUCGUUCUUAUCCGAGUUACUUCCUUUCGUUUCUCAGUCAGAUACAAAAUUAAUCGAUUUAUCUACUUCUUCUAUCACAGUACAAUCAAACCAGAACAAUACCGAUAUCGUUCUUAAGAUCAGAAAACACGCUCAAAGUACUGAAUCUUCUGAAAACGUGACAUCAAUCGCUAAUUUCAAACUUGACGACGAUCCAUCGAAAUGGGACUGGCCAAACAUCAAUAAGAUUUUAUCAGUCAUCUUACCGCAUAACGAUACAGAAGCAAACUUAGCAUUUACUAACAAGAAACUCAAUAGUAUCGUAGAUCAGCUUGCCGGACCAAUGUACAACACUCCUCUUGAUUCCAAUCAAAACAGAACACUCAACAUGAUCGAUACAUUGCAUUCCUUCCUCAUUUUACUCGAUACAAAUAAGAAAUUAUGGGAAAACUUCGAAAAGAACCAAAAUCUCAAGAAAGCCUUCGAAAAGACACUUACUCUCUUCCAAACAAGCGAAGUCAUACCUGCUAAAUGCGUUUGCGCCACUUUCUUCGAGAUGAUUGCUGCAAUGAUCUGCGAUCCAACGGCAACAAACACAUUAAAGAAGAUGGAUCUCGCCGACAAACUCGUAACAUUCGGUUCUACAGUCACAACUCCUCAAAACAUCAAACUUUGCUUAUCAUUAAUCAAAAUUGAGAAAGAUACGCUUUCGAUUGAUGUUUUCAGAAGCUUCUUGAACUCACAAGUCCCAACUGCCCAGCAAAUCGCCAUAGAAGCGAUCAGAGAGAAAAAGAAAUCGGCCAAGAAUUUCGUAGAUGCAGUUUUCAAGGCUUUAAUCAUUCCACAUGUAAAGCAGAUCCAAGAUCCAGAGCAAAUGAACGCAGCCAUGAACUUACUUUCCGAAUUAUGUCUCGAUGAUAUGGAAUGCCGCCGCGCAGCUGCAGAAGACAUGCAAUUACUUGAUGUUAUUGCCUCAAAGAACCAUCUCAUGCUUGCGAUUUUCUUCUCCAUUGAGUCUGUCAUCAAGAAAUUAAAUACACAGAAGGAAAUCACCUAUUGGAUGGAGAAAGGCAACGCCAAGUACUGCAAAUUAUACGACGCUGCCUUCGAGGCUUGCUACGGAGACACUUCCGCCUUAGCUUCAUUCCCUUCUGUCACAUUGGUAAACGGUUUUGCCAGGAUUCCCCCUCAUAUCUUUGGCGAGCUUGCCAAGACAGCGGAGGGACUUGCCGUCGUUGAACCUCAGGUUGGCCAGUUGCUCAAUCUCAUCAAGGCGAAGAAGAAACAUGAGAUAAGAGCUGCAUUAUUCGCAUUAGCUCACAUUUGCUCUUCUCCUUUGGCAGAAAACCUCGUAAAGGAUAAUGAUAUCGGUGAGGCAAUAUUCAACGUCAUGAAUUCAACCGAUUCCAGCUUAAUCCGAGGAACAUGCGUCGUUGCAUUUUCAAUGUUCUCACCAUCAUCAUACAUUUCGACAUUGAUUUCAAAGCACGACUGGCAGUUCUUCAAUUUCGGAUCCAGAUCUUGCGUCAUACCAAUCAAUUUCGAACAAUUUGUCGGAAAACCAGACGUAUGCGAGCCGACAAUGGCCCAAGUCGAGGUAAUCAAGGGAGAAGAAGACAAAUGCCAGCUUCUCAAGCGCUUGACAUCAAUGAUUUCCUUCAACAAAGCGAAAGAAGAGAUUAAAUCGAUUUUCAAGAACGAUCAAUCAUCAUUCCGCAAAUCGAUAUUAGCCAAAUACGGCCACGAACUCAUGGCAACGUACUCUGUCUCUCCUGAUGCGAGAUUCUUCAUCGAAGUUUUAUUCAAAGAUACUCCAAUGGUUGGUAUACCAAAGGACGUCAAGUUAGAUAGAAAACUAGAGGCCCAGUGCGCAGGAAAGCUCCUAGAAGCAAUUGUAGCUAAGCCAAACUUAUUAUCCUACAAUGAGGUCCAAAUCCAAGAAUGCGACAUCGACAAAUGCAAAAAGAUGGGAAGGAUGAUGUACUGCGACAUGUUCUUGAACGACGACAACUUCAAAUCCGUCGCUGGAAUGACAAAAGAACAAUUCUACGCAUUGCCUGAACCAGAUUACUCAAAUAAGAGAUUGAGUUGGAGUGAGGCUAACUCUAACUAA